UUAGUACUUUGGGCCUGACGUGAGUGGCUACUGAAUUAAAAGCUUUUGUGGUGUGCCGCAUACGGGUGUGUUUUCGGAGAACGCUGCUUAAAACGACCAGUGAGCGACUAGAGCUGUGUGAUAUAUUAUAGUAAACAGAAGCGCGUUGACCAUGCGGCAGCAAUAUCAAGUUGCACUCCGGAAAUUUAUGCAUCAAUUUAUAGCUAAACCAACUGGACAGUCGUGGGCCUGUGGCGGAGCACUUUCAGGGACCAAACUGUUCCCUCGCAGGAACUACUCAAAGUUUAGCACCCACCUGUCCACGGAACGCGCGAUGGAGCUGAUUUGCAACUUGGACAAAGAGGAGCGCAGCAAUCUUCGUAACGCUCUCGGCAAGAUAGACGCCGAAAAGGAGAAAAAGUUUUACGAGAGGAAUGUUAACUUCAUAUCCACGUCGAGGAAAUCGACUAGAAAAGUCCGUGUUUGGUGGUCUCGCUUUUGAAACUGCCGGAGUAGCUUUUGGCUACCUCACAGUGAUCAUUAGCACACUAUCGGCAGCGCAAGUGUCGCCAAUAUCGAGACCCAACUUCAACUUCGACGGAUCGCUUCCUUAUUUUAAGCACCAUUAAGCUUUUAAUAUUACUAUGACGCGGUCGUUUACCAGCACAUAACGUAUUAGGCUGCUUUAUGAUUAGCUAGCUUUUGCACGUCGGCGUCUGCUUAAUGAUUUUGACUAUUGUUUUCUUCUCGUCGCCGUGUACGUGUGUUCAGCUAAUUGGACUAAACGAGAUUAAUUUUAAAUAUUUUCCACUUAAGGUAAAAGCUAACAAAAUCGAUUUAGUCGACAUGUUUAGCUGUUGCUGGAAGCCUAGGUAAAUUAAAAUUUUUCAAAGUCAUUCUCAAUAAAUGUAAAUAUACUUAUAAGCGCCCAAUUAAAAAAAUAAUACAAAAUGUAAUAAAUAAAUUUGGUAGUAACGAAAUGACAGAUAAAGUUCAUUGACAAAAAGGGCUAUUUCUAAAAAUGCAAGUUAAGGCCAGACAUGGCCAGAGGUAUUGUCACGAAUAUUACCCAACUAGAGUUAACUGCAUUGUUGUGUCUCCUGCCCUUGAUUCCGUCGUCCUUCCUUCACUUAAAAUGUUCAAUAUACGAUUUUACUUUAAAAAUAAAACAGUAAGCUUUUCAAAACGUUACAAUGGUUGUAAUGUUCAAAUUCAAA